AUGUUUUCUCUAGCACAACGUUUCCAAACUGUCUCCAAUCAGGUUGUUACCUAUGCCUGUUUCAUAGCUGCGUUUGUCGCAAUUACUUCAUGGCUUCAACUCGCUCAAAAUGAUGCAUUCUCGAUACCCGCAACGAUUAACAACAUCCAGCCAUCGAUCAAUGUGAGGACAUCUAGGUACUACGGUUCACAGAAUGGGAAACCCAAGCAAAACUCUAAAAUUGUUUUCGAUAUUGACGCAGAUCUAUCCUCGUUGUUCAAUUGGAAUACAAAGCAGAUAUUCGUGUAUCUGACGGCAGAGUACAGUGGUUCUGAAGGCCGUGAUACGUUAAACGAGGUCACUUAUUGGGAUAAGAUUAUUACUAGCAAGGAUGAUGCGCAAUUGAGUUUACAUAAUGCAAAAUCCAAAUACAGUGUGUGGGAUCUUGAAGAGAAGUUUGAUGGCCGGGAAGCUAAUUUCCAAUUGAAAUGGAACAUCCAGCCUUGGGUUGGACCAUUGAUCUAUGGACAAACGGAAGGGAACAAAACUAUCACAUUCCCAGUCAUUGAGAAGACUCAAAAGAAGGUAAAGCAGAAAGUAGUUUGA